GAGGGAGAGAAGAAACCCGCACGGCUACUGUCAUUCACCAAUACAAAGGACGCCAAGUUGAACAGGAGCACGGCCCUCCGUCGCCGCUCUGAGAGGGCAAACAAACAUCCAAACAUGACGCAAUGCGGGAAGCGUAAGACGAAAGGAAGGUGACAGGCUGCCACUUUUAUACAAGGCUGGACCAAUUAUUGGCUACCAGCUGGGAUCAAAGAAGCAUUCCCUCACUUACAUCUACACGGCCCUCUCCAAACCUGUCGGACUCCCCGGUAUCCAUGACUUCACAGCCAUGGGUCUGAUGGACAGCAGGAUGAUUGACUACUAUGACAGUGAUAACCAGAAGAAAGUUCCCAAGCAGGAUUGGAUGAAAGAGAAGCUUCCCAGUGAUUACUGGGAGAAAGGCACACAGUCCCGCCAGAGCAAGCAGCAGUGGUUCAAUGUCAACAUUGGCAUCCUGAUGGAGCGAAUGAAACAGAAUGAUACAGACGUCCAUGUCCUUCAGUGGAUGCACGGCUGUGAGGGAGACCUGCAGGAAGAUGGCAAGUUAAAGUUCAUUCGUGGUAUGGACAUGUACAGCUACGAUGGAGACAACUUCCUGGCCUUCGAUGACACCCACUCAGUGUGGGUCGCCCCGACUCCUGAGGCACUCCUCACCAAGAGGAAGUGGGAUGGUGUUGAUGUCCUAAAAGAGUACACCAAAGGCUACCUGGAGAACGAGUGUAUGGAUUGGUUGACCAAGUUCAUGACAUAUGGACGAAAACAGCUAAAAGCAGCCUCUCCACCUGAAGUCCACCUGUUUGCAAAGAACUCAAAGGUUAAGACGAACAUCAUUUUGACAUGCCUGGCCACAGGUUUCUACCCAAAAGACAUCGACGUGUGGAUCAAAAGGAACGGCCGUGUUCUCUAUGGAGAUGAUGGAUUAACAACCUCGGGCGUUCGACCAAAUCAAGACAACACUUACCAGAGGAGAGACAGUGUGGAGAUUCUAAAAACUGACAAGUCUACAUACACCUGUGAAGUCAUUCAUAAAGCAUCUGGUGUACAAGUUGAGAGGGGAUGGGAUCACAUGAUUCCUCCAGAGCCUGGAGUUGACGGUGCUACCAUUGGUGUAGCUGUGGCUGUGCCUGUGAUCAUCUUGCUUCUUGUGGUUGCAGCAGUGCUGGCUGUGUUGUACAAAAAAGGCAAAUUUGCUAAGACCAAUGGAUCUGACAACACCUCUGCAUCCAGUACCACCUCUGGAGGCAAUAACAGCCCGCCAGCCAGUAUCACCUUUGAAGAAGAAGUUUCACUUCUCAAUCCAGAGAACAAAGCAUCAAAGGAGUCUCUAAACAGCGGUGACUCUGGUGUCUCUGUUCAGGCUUCUAAGACCAAUGGAUCUGACAACACCUCUGCAUCCAGUACCACCUCUGGAGGCAAUAACAGCCCGCCAGCCAGUAUCACCUUUGAAGAAGAAGUUACACUUCUCAAUCCAGAGAACAAAGCAUCAGAGGAGUCUCUAAACAGCGGUGACUCUGGUGUCUCUGUUCAGGCUUCUAAGACCAAUGGAUCUGACAACACCUCUGCAGCCAGUACCACCUCUGGAGGCAAUAACAGCUCGGCAGCCAGUGUCGCCUCUGGAGGCAGUGACAGCCCGCCAGCCAGUACCAUUUCUGGAGGCAGUAACAGCUCGGCAGCCAGUACCACCUCUGGAGGCAGUAACAGCCCGCCAGCCAGUACCACCUCUGGAGGCAGUAACAGCUCGGCAGCCAGUACCGCCUCUGGAGGCAGUAACAGCCCGCCAGCCAGUACCAUUUCUGGAGGCAGUAACAGCUCGGCAGCCAGUACCACCUCUGGAGGCAGUAACAGCCCGCCAGCCAGUACCACCUCUGGAGGCAGUAACAGCUCGGCAGCCAGUACCACCUCUGGAGGCAGUAACAGCCCGGCAGCCAGUACCACCUCUGGAGGCAGUAACAGCUCGGCAGCCAGUACCACCUCUGGAGGCAGUAACAGCUCGGCAGCCAGUACCACCUCUGGAGGCAGUAACAGCCCGGCAGCCAGUGUCGCCUCUGAAGAGGAAGUUACACUUCUCAAUCCAGUGAAGAAAGCAUCAAAGGAGUCUCUAAACAGCGGUGACUCUGGUGUCUCUGGUGUCUCUGUUCAGGCUUGAGAAUGAUCCUGGCAACAAGAACCCCAACUCCGAGAAUCAUCACCUGGAGAAUUGAGAUGGUGUUCACAUGAUCUGAAGUCUCUGCAAAUACCAACCAACCUACCAGUGUAAAAGCUGCAUGUACUACUGGGCAGGGGAUAGAAAUGAAAAAGGGGAGUUUGAAAACUUAAUUUAGAAAUUAAAAUGGGAAACAACUGUCAAAAAAGAACAGAGUAUGUAAAUAAGUUCUCCACUGCUUCUUUAGAGGGUUUUCCAGAUUAAAUACAGAGAAACUGAAAUUGCCUCAACAUUUAAGAAUUACAAUGAGAAUUUCCAGACUCACUGCUUUGUGUAAAGUUAAAGUAGUGAACCCAAACAGGACUUUAUUGUGACAGGUCUUGAACUUUAGAAGAGUUCAAAUAUAUUUUUAUGGGUUGGUUAAAAGAGGGAAAACGUGAAGGUGUUCAGUGUUUUGGUGAGGCCUAAUAAUAAUAAGGAAAUGCAUAUAAUACAAAAAACAAAAAAGAAGAAAAAGCUGGAAGACGAAAUGCUGAAAUGCAGUUGUUGAGGAUCAUGCUGGUGCCUUUUUUAAUCUUAAUAUUUGAUCUAUGAAGUGAUAGUGAUAAGCAGACGCAAAUAUAUUAUUUUCUGUUUUGGGCUUUUGGGCGCUUGUACAUCAAAUGUAGAAGUUUUAUCUGAAAUGUAUUUUGUUACUCUUUUUCAUUUUUUCUCUCAAUUUCUUUUGCUAAAAAUUGCACUUUAUUUCUAUCUUUAGAAAAAUGCUACCAAACAAUAAUCAAUUUGUUGGUCUAAGAAAUCAGUGAAUCCUAAAAUCUGUGUUAACAUUUAUUGUUCAAUGGUAAGACUAGUGACAAAUAUUAAAUGUUUGUAGUUUCUGUCUAAAACGUUUAAAUUAGUUAAAUUCAUUAACAAACUAAUGUGAAUCAGCAGCGAUUACGGAAUGACAUUAAAUUAAUGCAAAUUUUUGUACUGUCUAUAUUAAAAUGACAAUAGUAGGACAUGAACACAGCUUAAGCAAUUUAUCUCCUGUUUGUUUCUCUAUUCUGUUUGUACAGUGUGUCUGAUUGCAUGUCUACCUACAUUAAAUAAAUAAGUAAUUUGGAAAAAGUCAAA